CUACGACAGCUUGCUUCCAGUCGCUUAGACAGACAUUGUGUUCACACUCGUAGACUAACAAAAGGACUCUAUAAUGAAAUUUAUUUAUUACAAUUCGAGGGUGGCCCAGACUGCAUCGCCCGACUUUCGCGUGAUCUAACCCACCCUGCAGCAAAAUUCGCUAGUGAAGUUGCGACUAUGAAGUAUGUCGCUCAAAAUACCAGUAUCAAAGUGCCGGAAGUAUAUGAUUGGGAUUGCACCGUGCAUAAUCCCAUAAAAAUCCCUUACAUUCUCAUGGAACGGAUACCUGGACAACACUUAUAUCGAGUUUGGGAUGAGUUAACAGUUGAAAAAAAGAAGUGUGUUUUAAGCCAAAUCAUC